AUGUCGACCCCAGCUGAUAUCGCCGUCACCGGAAGAGGAUUGAUCAGUCACGUCAUCUUCGACAUGGACGGGCUUCUUCUCGACACGGAGAAGUUUUACACAGAGGUCCAGGAGAUGAUACUUGCUAGAUUCAACAAAACGUUUGAUUGGUCUCUAAAGGCUAAGAUGAUGGGUAGAAAAGCUAUAGAAGCUGCGAGGAUCUUUGUUGAAGAAAGUGGGAUCAGUGACUCUCUUUCAGCUGAGGACUUCCUUGUCGAGAGGGAGUCUAUGUUGCAAGACCUCUUCCCUACCAGUGAGCUAAUGCCAGGAGCUAGCAGACUCAUCAAGCAUCUCCAUGAGAAUAAUAUCCCAAUAUGUAUUGCUACGGGUACUCACACACGUCACUUUGAUUUGAAAACGCAAAGACACAAAGAGCUUUUCUCAUUGAUGCAUCACAUUGUUCGCGGUGAUGAUCCAGAGGUGAAGCAAGGAAAGCCUGCCCCAGACGGCUUUCUCGCUGCUGCUGGGAGAUUUAAGGAUGGUCCUGUGGAUCCACAAAAGGUUCUGGUGUUUGAAGAUGCUCCAUCUGGAGUUCUUGCUGCUAAAAACGCCGGAAUGAACGUGGUGAUGGUGCCGGAUCCUAGACUAGAUAUCUCUCACCAUGACGUUGCAGAUCAAAUCAUAACUUCUCUACUCGAUUUCAAACCAGAGGAAUGGGGUUUGCCUCCAUUUUCGGAUUCAAACUAA